AUGGCCUUCAGUGUGCAUCGGCAGUUGCGGGUGUUGAAGGGCGAGCAGGCAUGGGUCCCGACCGAAGAGGUAACCGUGGACGGCAAGACAUACAUCAAAUUUUCCAAAUGGGACUCGGAUCUUGUCUACCUGAUGACAGGCAAGAAGCUCUAUCUUGCCAAGGAGAAACGUUCCUCCAGCGGCAGUCUGGACUGCGACCUGUGGCAGGAUCUGGUGAAGGCUCGCCAGGAAGCCGCGAAUGAUCUUCUCACGAAAGCAAAGACUGUCGAGCACGAGGGAGGUCCCCCCAAGAAGAAAGCCAAGCUUCAACGUGCAACGAGCAAAAGCAUGAUCCUCCUUCCCGAGACGGUGGAGGUGAGCUGCAGGGAGUACAAGCUUCGCAUGCUUUUGCGAGGCCUGGGUUCCCAGGUGCUCUGGUUGGAAGGCACAUGCGAGAACCUGCAAUGGUUCUUUGACAACGUGCAGUCCUCUCGUGUCAAAGAGAGGAAGCACAAGAGCAAGGGUUCCAAGAACAAGGGUGUCAAGAGGGCUGCUGCUUCAGACGAAUCUGAGGAAGCUUCUGAUGAUGAGUGA